CCCAACUUGUGUGGACGCGGCUCUGACCUCGUUGAGCAUGCGGGAUCACAAGGAGAAGGUUUAACCCUGCGCGCAGUUUGUCAUUCCAACUUGUAUACAACAUAACCCAGUUAAACACCCGUCCUUUUAAUUCAACUUCGCCGCUUUGAAGGUGAGUAUUAAAGGGGUUUGGUGCAGGUGAAUGUGACCGCUCCGAUUAUCUGCAGUGACUUUGAGUAUGGCCUUAGCUGGAUGCCCAGACUAUUUUCUCCACCAUCCAAAGUACCAGGACAAUGUUGACCACACAGCCUCUCACAGACCAUCCAAACUCAUUGGUUCAAGCUUUCAGCAGUCUUCCAAUCGGAGCUCUCCUAAUCAACCAGCUAUAGAUGAUGAUGUUGAUCUUGAGGCACUGGUGAAUGACAUGGCCUCUCUUUCAUCCUAUGAGAGCCUCUAUACAACCUGCGGAGCGCAGCACUCGGACUCUGCCCCCCUCUUGCAUAGCAGUGAUGGCAAUGGGGUCCAUGGCAACAGAGUGGCCUCACUGCCACAGGCUCCUAGUAAUAAAGUGAUGGCCCUCCACUCUCCUGCCCAAAAGUUCCGGCGAUCUCAGCCCAUGCACAUACAGGCUGUCAGGCGUCUACAAGCGGAAGAGCUACAGGUUCGUCCAGUUUCUUUGCCAGCGAUUCCGAACCCUUUCCCUGAACUGUGCAGCCCAUCGGGAUCUCCUGUGCUCAGCCCUGGAUCUCUGCCUCAGCCAUCAGAGUCACAUAUUAUCAAGGUUUUCAGUGAAGAUGGUGUGGGAAAAGUCGUGGAAGUCCCUGCCGAUAUGACAGCCAGAGAUGUAUGUCAGUUCCUGGUUUACAAGAGCCACUGCCUAGAUGACAAUUGCUGGUCGCUAGUGGAGCAUCACUCCUUACUUGGUUUGGAGAGGUGUCUGGAAGAUCAUGAGCUGGUGGUCCAGGUGCAGGCCUGCAUGUGUCCAGAAAGCAAGUUCCUCUUCAGAAAGAACUACGCCAAGUAUGAGUUCUUCAGAAACCCGCUGAACUUCUUUCCAGAGCAGAUGGUAGCGUGGUGUCAAGAAUCGAAUGGCUCUAUCCCGCAGUCACAGCUGUUACAGAAUUUCUUGAAUUCCAGCAGCUGUCCAGAAAUCCAGGGCUUCCUUUAUAUGAAGGAGACGGGCCGCAAGUCCUGGAAGAAAAUGUACAUGUUUUUGCGCCGUUCUGGACUGUACUGUUCUACAAAAGGAAUGUCAAAGGAGCCAAGGCACCUGCAGUUACUGUCUGACUUGGAGGAAAGCAAUAUUUUUACUGUUACGACUGGCAAAAAGAUGCACAAUGCGCCCACAGACUACCAGUUCUGCAUUAAGCCCAGUAAGGGCAGGACAGAACUGAAGGAGUUGAAGAUGUUGUGUGCUGAAGACGAACAGAGCAGAACAUGCUGGAUGACUGCUUUUAGACUGCUCAAGUUUGGAAUUCUGCUAUAUCAAAACUACAAGACCCCUCAGCAGAGAAAGGAAACCAUCUCAAACUUCAGCACACCUGUGCGAAGUGUGUCAGAGAAUUCCCUGGUUGCUAUGGAUUUCUCCGGCAGAACGGGCCGUGUGAUUGACAACCCUGUGGAGGCGCAGAACGCAGCCAUGGAAGAGGGACACACUUGGAGAAAGCGGAGUCAGAGAAUGAAUUUGCUGGGAAGCCCCAGUCCUUUACAUCCUUCUCUGUUAAAUUCAGUGAUCCACAGAACACAGUUAUGGUUCCACGGACGCAUUAUGAGAGAGGAGUCCCACAGAAUGAUUAUGCAACAGGGCCAAGUGGAUGGGUUGUUCCUAUUGCGAGACAGCCAGAGCAACCCGAAAGCUUUUGUUCUCACGUUGUGCCAUCAUCAGAAGAUUAAACACUUCCAGAUUUUACCUCUGGAGGAGGAUGGACAGGUCUUCUUUAGCCUUGAUGAUGGCUCCACCAAGUUCACAGACCUGAUUCACCUGGUAGAAUUUUACCAGCUCAACAGGGGCAUCCUGCCUUGCAAACUUAAACACCCCUGCACCAUGGUGGCCUUAUGACCCCUUGCUGAUCCUUACAGAAACACACACAAACAUGCUCAUACAAAUGUAACUGAGAAACUGGAUUUUUUUUUUUUUUCCCACAAUUAGCCGACGCAACCCAUGGCUAUGAAAAAGAUUCAGUUUUUCUCAUUGCUCUGGGGAUAGUAUGGAAAUAUUGGGAAUAACAAACUUCCUGGGCACCCGAACCCUCUGCUUUUGUUGAGGGUGCCAUUUUUACAACCCUCUAUGUGGUGAUAUCCAUACACUCAAGAUUUGAAAAAAAUACUUUUUAAUCAUUCAGGACCUGACAGGAGACACCCCACCCACCCAUGCCCUGCAUAAACUGAUUACAUCAGGACAAUUUUUUGUGUGUGGUGUGUCUGCAAGGACUUGCAUUGCAAAACAAUUACUUGAUGACAAUUGAUAUGUAUUUGUUAUGUUGUUAUUUCCUACCUGAACAUUUUGCACUCUCAAGCUGAAAACAGGUGAUCCGCUUCAUCCUGAGCUUACCGUAACAACUGUUACCCAUUUGACGCCUUCCAACCUUUCUGUCCUCCUUUUACCCCAUCUCCCAUUUUGGUCUUCUAAACUCUCUCUUAGGAUUCCUUGCGUAAUGAUUGGAUUAGUUUAGAGGCAGUGACAGUCAUUGACAUUUUGAGGUGUCUUACUCUGACAUACAUAUCCUAAGUGACAGCCAAAAACAAACAUAACCAGGUCAUACUUAUUUUAGCAUGUCCAUAUACAUGUCAGCAUUAAGGGACUAUUAGAAAGAGUUAGCGAACUUGCACUUCAAAAAAUGAUACUUGAUCGCUAUGCUUUACUAGCAUUAGAAUUAAGGGUUAAUUAAAACCUUGAAAAUAAUCACCCUUAUGGAGAAAUUUUGAAGAAUGUUGAUGCUGUUCUUUUUGUCCAUACGAUGAAUUUGAACUGGAACUGAGGCUGUCAGUCCCUUACAUUCAAAAUCAGCAUCAACAAGGGAUUGGAACAACAUUUUUAUUUUUGGGUGAACUGUCCUUUAAGUUUGGAGUUUUAAUCGAGUUUUUCCUUAAAGGAAUGUUUUGAGUUAAAUACUUCAUCAAUUCUAUAGACCGUAUCUGUGGCAUGCUGUCAAUUACCAUGGAAGAUUUGCCUCGACUCGUCCCACAUUUUGUAAAAACAAACAAAAAAUGUGUUAAUGACUUAUAAUGGUGCUCUGUGGGGUAACAUCCUAUAUUGCCCCACAGACUUACAUAGUAAGUGGAUUUCUAUCAAUGUGCUUUUUGUAUGUUUCUCAGUAUGUUGAUAAAAUGUGAGAGUCGAAACUGUUUUCUGUGCACAUUAAGUGUAUUUAACCCAAAACAUAGGAAUGGAGAGCUAAGGAAAGAGGGCUUAAAGGUGCACUAAGUAAUUUUUUAUGCUUGUCGUCAUGGACUAACAGUGACCUAGUGGUGUAGCUGCAGCAUUAUUCAAAUGCAAACAUUUUCAGUUACCAAUACCAUUGUAGAAAUUCACUAUUCAUAGUCAGCUAUGAUUAAUUUAAUACAUGAGUGAAAGUGUCCAAUAACAAGGCAGUUACUGAGAUUAAGCGAGUAGUAUUUGGCUGGUCAUGUGAUCAUAACAUGGCGGCCCCCAUCAGGGAGGAGACCUUCCCCAUGUAGAUUUAAACAGCUUUUAUUAAGGUUACUGAUAUGACUGGAGUUUUCAUCUCAAGUAAGUGGUCGUGAUUUUAUAUAUACGUUUCAAAAUUACAAUUUAAUUCUUUAGGAAACACAUUUUUGAAUGCAGAAAAAAAUUACUGAGUGCACCUUUAAAAAUCCUUAACCACAAUCUGUUUGUUCUCAUUCUAGGAAAAUUACAAAAUCCACACCAUGUUAAUCCACUGGUUUUAUUAACAUGAAUGCCUUUUUGAGUCUUGGACAUGAAAUAUUUUAAAUUGUUUUAUUUCUCUCUCGGCAUGAAAGUGCAUUAUCGAUUUUGCACAGUUUGUAUUUGGAGCCACCAAAACUUCCAGGCAAUUUUUUUUAUAGUGCUGCACACCAUGAGCACAAUGGACCUUAGACAGGGUCGGAUCAAUUUUUUAUUUAAUUAGUUUGAAAACAAGGCUGUGAGGGAUAGACGUACAGUAUGUUCAGUUGGUUUGGUUUGGCUUGAUGUCAAUCGUUUAGCCGAAAAAUUUAGAAAAUUCGACUUUACCCAAAAAAAUUUCCCAUGGACAAAACACUCCGUAAACCAUGAGUUGCGAAAAUUAGACAUGUCUUCGGACCAUUCAACCUGUUGAACAUUCCAUUUUCUCCCUCAGAGCCUUGAUUUAUUUCUUGUAUAAUUAAAUAUGCUGUCUUUAACCUGAUUAAGGUCCAUUCAAGAGGGUUUUUAUUUAAUUUUUUCUCCUCUGACUCCAGUUGGUGUUCAUUUUUAGAUGUACUUACUUAUUAGUAUAGCCUGAAGCUUAACAACUGCCUUUUUAAAUCACUGUGCUGUUCUUGAGCCAUGUUAAAAUCUUUAAAGUGACAGGCCAGGCCAGGACGGAGUACGUGUCUGCAGGGACAAAAGCAUACAUGCUUGCACGCUCUAAUAAAGACAAGGAGUUGCAAAGUCACGUCUCAUGGGCGUGUCUGUAAUCCUCCAGGGCUGUGUAACAUAAUGCGGUGAGGAGAUUAGCUCCUGUGCCAGCUUUUUGACAAAAGAAGGUUAAAGGCCAUAGCUGCUCGGCAGUUUCUGUCUGUUCCUGAUGUCUGCCUUGUUACCCUUCCAACACUGGCCCAGCAAGACUAAGCUAUAUGUCAACCUCUCAUGGUUUUAUAUGCUAACUCUGACUGUUAUACCGCAGAGCUAGAACCAUACAUGCCUGAACGACGAGAGUGUGUAUGAUGCACACUUCGAUUGUGAAACACUUUGAUACCACAAAGCACCUUGUUUUAAUUUUCACAUAAGAUUGCGUGAAAUGCUUUAAGCACAUUUUUUCAUCUCAGUGGUUAGACUCUAAGCUACUACUCUUGUCGUUGUCAGUCAAGGCUUAUGUUGUGCCUUGCGUUAAGUUAGCGUUUCACCAACUUUGUCUCUUCACAUAUACAUUUCUACAAAUAUUAGGGAAGUUCUACGCAUUUAGUGUCAGGGAUUCGAAGAUGAGGUCAUUACAGUUGGCUUUUCAUCACAUGAGGGUUUCAUCGCUAUAUUCAUUGUGCUUUUUGCAUACAUUUUAGUCACAAUUCCAGCCUGCACAAGUUAGACAAGGGUACCAGGAAACAAAGUAUGUUCUAACUGAAUACAUUGGGAUGGUAUCUGAUUCAAAUGCUUGAUGCUUGUUUUGAUGAUGCUUGUAUUGGAAAACCUGUGCUUUUAAGUGGCUCGCUGUUAUGAAAUGCCAAACAUGCAUCUGAAAUAUUAACUUGCCUCUCUUCCCCUACAUUGAUUAUGCCAUUUUGCUUGUCCUUUGAACCCAGGUAACAGAAUUCUCUUGGAAUCAGGACACAUUUAUUUAAAAUCAACAUUGACCUAAAAAUCUCAAAGUAAUGUAAUGAAUAAGAAAUUUGACAGUGGGGAAAAAAGACAUUAUAUUGGCAACACGGUGUUGUUAGAUGUCGUCUGUGCCACCAUGGGGAGAGAGAGGAGUUUAUUUCACAUGUAUAUUUGGUUCAUGUGCCGUUGUCUAUUAAAAAUGUAUAAACAUUUUGUUACAGUCACAACUCUCUUCUAAGUAUGUGAAGCCUAAAGAGAGGUAGUAGAUCUAACACUGUAUCUAUAGCUAAAUAAACGUGUGCUCCAAAACAAAAUGAA